UGUGGCUGCUGCGUGCCAGGGGUGGCGGCCAGGUGAGGGCACCUCCAUUCUGGAAGCUCCGGCCCAUCACAGUGUAGUCCAUAGGUUCCAGACGGGGCUGUGGGGGCAACGUGAGGGCGGGAAGGAUCCCGGGGGUCAAAUGAAGAGAAGGUGCCUGUUCCCGGGACCCCAGAGUGAGCUUUCCAGGCACAGGGAAGCCCGGGGCCGGUUGUCAUGGGGGUGUCUGAGUCUCUAGCUGGAGUUACUGGGGCAGGGAGGUCAGAAACGGAGGCCAACCGGUGUGAGUUGGCCUGCUGAGAGCCUCGGGGGAGGGGCUGGUGUCUGCUGUCAGCGGCCUGCGACACCGACCUUCCACCGCCGGCAAUUGCAGAAGCCUCCUCCUGGUCUCUGCCCUCACAGCGGCGCCAGCCGCCCCUGCGCUCUUAGAGCACAGCCAUCUCUGCCCCAGCGCUCGCCUCUCCAGGCACCGUCCCGGCUCUGGACCCCUGCGCUGCCCAUUCUGUUCUGCAUUCACUCCGCCAUUCCUGCCCUGUGAGGCAGACCUCUGCUGUCUUCACUGCUUUAUUUCCCCAGACUCAGCCAGCAUUGAAGGCGUGCUGUGCCUAGGACCCUUGCAGCUGGCAUGCAGGGAGGAGUGUGAGGCUCCCUGCCCCUCCUCAGACUCUCAGAAUUCAGAAGAGCCACGCUUUUUUGUCCUUGCCCUGCUGGGCCAAAUGACGCCCUGCCUUCGUUUCUCUCUGGGGUAGACACCCCUGGCUUUUGCUGUGCACCUGCCGUGUGGAACAGGGGGCCGCCCCUGCCCCUGCCCUCUGUAGCUGACUCCGGCUUCCCUGGCCACCCUCAGCUCAGCAGGGCCCCGGGAGCCCCCGUGCCAUGUGACACCUUCCGUAAGUGUGGAAUUCAGGAGAAUGUGCCUUUGGUCCCUGAGUCACUGUGUGGCUGGCAUGUGCCCUGGCAUGAGGGUCAGUGACGGGCAGGGGUGAGCAUGAAGGCACCUCUGCUGUGCCCCUGCUUUGGCCCUUUCCUGACUUCUCUGGCCAGCUCUUAGGUUGAAAUAAGCCCUGCCUGUUUUAACAGAUGUUUAUUAAACAUCUGCCCUGGCCAGGCUCUGAGCAGCCUCCAGGGUCUCUGUCCUGAACACGAUAGGCCCCUCCUGGUGCUGGUGGGUGGAGGAGGGGAGACUAAGUCCAGUGUCUCACAGAUGACUGCGUAAUUCCACAUGGGACGAGAGGGAAAAAGAGCAGACCUUCCCUUUUAUUUAUUGAGACAGAGUCUCGCCCUGUCACCAGGCUGGAGUGCAGUGGCGCUAUCCCGGCUCACUGUAAAUUCCAUUUUCUGGUUUCAAGCAACUCUCCUGCCUCAGCCUCCCGAGUAGCUAGAUUACAGGCACAUGCCACCACGUCCGGCUAAACAGACCUUUCCUUUUGUGAGAGGGAUGCCGGUGUGGACAGCCGGGAGGGGAGAUGAAACUGAGCAGAAGUGAGAGUCACUUUGCUGCCCGGCACGUUGUCUCACACUUGUAAUCUCAGCCCUUUGGGAGGCUGAGGCUAGGGGGUCACUCCAGCCCGGAAGUUUGUGACCGGCCUGGUCAACAUGAGACCCCUGUCUCUACUUUUAAAAAUAACAGUAAGAUAUUUUGGGCAGAGAAGUGCCUGUGCAAAGGCCCUGAGGUGUUUGCCUGGUCUGUCCAAGGAGCAGAGGGGAUGGUGUGAGGGGGAGAGGGCCUGGGGAGUUCGAUGGGAAAGGGAUGUCACUUGGGUCUCCCAUGUGCUGUGAGAAGAGCUCUUCCUUGCUGUUCGUGGGAGCAGCGGUGGGAGGCCUCGAGGCAAGGCAGGUGUGGGGGCCCCACGGCCCAGCCAGUUGGAGAACCUCGCAGCUCCCAGGCCCUUCUCCCCAUCCAGCCUCCCUGCCCUUUGCUGUCCUGUUGCUGGUGAAAGCCCCAUACAAGCGAGGAUUUUACUGCGGGGAUGACUCCAUCCGGUACCCCUGUCGUCCAGACACCAUCACCCAUGGGCUCAUGGCCGGGGUCACCAUCAUGGCCACCGUCAUCCUUGUCUCGGUGGGAGAAGCCUACCUGGUACACACAGACCGGCUCUAUUCCCGCUCCGACUUCAACAACUAUGUGGCUGCCAUGUACAAGGUGCUGGGGACCUUCCUGUUCGGGGCGGCCGUGAGCCAGUCUCUGACGGACCUGGCUAAGUACACAGUCGGCCAUCUGCGCCCCAACUUCCUGGCCGUCUGUGACCCCGAGUGGAGCCGGGUCAACUGCUCAGUCUACGUGCAGCUGGAGAGGGUUUGCAGGGGAAACGCUGCUGAUGUCACCGAGGCCAGGUUGUCUUUCUACUCGGGACACGCCUCCUUUGGGAUGUACUGCGUAGUGUUCCUGGCGCUCUACGUGCAGGCGCGGCUCUGCUGGAAGUGGGCGCGGCUGCUGCGGCCCACGGUCCAGUUCUUCCUGGUGGCCUUUGCCCUCUAUGUGGGCUACACCUGCGUGUCUGAUCACAAACACCACUGGAGCGACGUCGUUGCUGGCCUCCUGCAGGGGGCGCUGGUGGCUGGCCUCACUGUCCACUACAUCUCAGACUUCUUCAAAGCCCGACCCCCACAUCACUGCCCGAAGGAGGAGGAGCUGGAACGGAAGCCCAGCCUGUCACUGACAGUGAUCCUGGGCGAGGCUGACCACAACCACUAUGGGUACCCGCAUUCCUCCUCCUGAGGCUGGAUGCCGCCCAGACAGGGAGUGGCUGUGAGUCCAGCUGAGGCCAGCCCCCCAGGUGGUCUGUCUAGCCCUAGGUAGGCACUGAGGGCUCCGGAUGGGCUCCAGGAACCCUGAGCAGGCUCUGCCGCCCCCUGCCCUGCACUGGACCAGGAGUCUGGGGAGGCCUAGGUAGCCCUGAGCAUUUGGAGGGGGACCUGUUCCCGUAGCUCCCCAAUAUCCCCAUUCUUUUAUGGGGUUAAGGAAGGGACUGUUUUGUAAAAUGUAAUGCACAUGUGGUUUUUAGUAAAAU